GUCACACCCGGAAGCGGAGAGCCGGAAGUAGGGUUGGACAGGUUAUCCCCAGGGGUGGGGAAGCGGAGGCCCAGGAGGAGGGGAAAAAAAGAAGGUGGAGGAUCCUGGCUGCUACUUUGAUCCCGAUACCGGCCCUCUUAGAUCCCAGAGGCACAGAACAGGGGAAGGGCGCCUCAUCCCCCCUCCUCCCCACCUCCCUUCCCUCAGCCUUAGCCAUGGCCGAGGCAGGGCCCGGGCUGAGUGAGACCGUCACUGAGACAACGGUUACCGUGACAACCGAGCCCGAGAACCGGAGCCUAACCAUCAAACUGCGGAAAAGGAAGCCAGAGAAAAAGGUGGAAUGGACGAGUGACACUGUAGACAACGAACACAUGGGGCGCCGCUCAUCGAAAUGCUGCUGUAUUUAUGAGAAACCUCGGGCCUUUGGUGAGAGCUCAACGGAAAGUGAUGAGGAGGAAGAGGAAGGCUGUGGUCAUACACACUGUGUACGGGGCCACCGCAAAGGACGGAGCCGUGCAACCCCUGGACCAAGCCCCUCCACCCUUCCCCAGCCCCCUGACCCUUCUCAGCCCCCUCCAGGGCCAAUGCAGCACUAAACUCCUCCCCCGCCAUUCUUGUGUCUGUGUGGCCCUGACUGUGUUCAUGUGGCUACUUGGGGACUAAACCCAUGGUUUGAUUAUUCUGCAGUGCCCUCCUCCUCUGCCUUUUAGAGUGAAGGAUAGGAGAAUGGUCAGAGAUCCUGGAAUUCUGGUUUGCUGCUAUUUUAGAACCCAAGCUUCUGGGUUGCCCCAGCCUCAUUGUUUGUUCCUCAAUACUCCUCCUCCUCUCCCCAGGGUCCAGGCAUCUUGGUCCCAGUCUCUUCCCUUUGUCCCCACUGCCAAACUGCCUGUCCUGGGGUCCAGUUAUCUUGACUGUCUGCACUCUGUACUUGAGUCCUAAACACUUAGAUUGGGUUUCCACCAGCCCCAACUUUCACUGCCAGGGUCCCAGUCCGAUUCCAGGCAACCUUGCCCCAGCUGUGCUUGUUAAUCCUGGCCUUGAGCUCUUGCGCUAAUGUAUUUACAGUCCAGACUCUUAGUCCUUGCCUGUGGUGCGGGAGGUGCUAUGGGAGGCUCCCAGCCCUUCCGCUCCACUGCUCCUGCCCACUUCUCAUGCCCUCAAGGGGAGCUGGGGGAGAGAAAGAUCUGUCAUUCUCACCAUUAAUGGAAAAUGAAAACAGUCGUGUCCUCCCACCUCACCCUUCUCAUGUGGUCUAGGAUUUCUGAUGAAGCUGUCUUCGGGAGUGGACAACUCUCUCCUCAGCCUUUGUUUGGGCUUCCAGCUCUGGAGACAGAUCCAACAUAGUCCCAGGGAGAGGAAGGAAAAGAGAGAAAAAGAUGGGGGUGUGUCCCCACACUGCACUCUCACCACCUCCUUCCUAGGCUUUGAUGUCUGCCAGGCCAGAUGUCCAGUCCCUUGGCCUCCCCCACACCUCACUGGGAUCUGAAUGUCACUGUCCAGGCCUCUUGCAGGGAUCAGUCAAAUGCAGACCACCACGGAGAUUUCAUUUAUUGCCACAAGAUGCACAAAAUAAAUAACCCAACAUCACAAAACGUGUUAAAUAUGGGCCCAUUUAUACACAUGGGGGAAAUGUGAGGCUAUAUACAAGAUGCCUUCAGGGUGUCUGGGCCUUCCCAGGUGGAGGAAAGGAGAGGUAGCACCACUGGUUUCUUACUGUGAGCAUGUGCAGGUGGUAGUUUAAAGAAGGCUCUUAAUGGAAAAGACUGAAUAUGGGAAUUAGUCACCAUGGAGUAGGACCACCCCCCCAAAAAAAACACACCUCGAUAUUAAGCUUCCUAGAGAAUCCUAAGGCCAGAGCCAAGCCUCUUGCUUUUCAGGGGGAGGGUACUGUUUCUCUUGAGAAA